CCGGAGCUGCCCCCCUCACCACCGCACCGACAGGAGAACGACGCUAGGAUUACCACGCUGGCCGCUAUGGACUGACGGGUCAAACGAUACCACAGUGCGCCCGUCUUGCUUGGAAGUUGACCAUGGUGUUGUUUCUGGUCGCGGUCUCGACAGCCUUAAAUCAUUCAGCUCAUGAGAAUCAGACGAGUGAAAACCCCACUCACCAAGGCGCUCAUGUGCUGCCGUCCACUCUGAUCAUCUCCCUCCUCCUCAUCAUCAUCGUCCUGCUCACCAUCUACUGCCUGAGGUUCAAAAACCACAGGAAGGCUCUAGUUACCUCCGUGGAUAAAAAGAUCCCCAAUGGCUUUCUGGAGGAACAAGGGGAGCAGACAGUGGUCCUCCUCCCCAGAUCGCCCUCUCCUUCCAAGAGGUACUUCCCCAUCCCCCUGGACGCGCUAGAGGAGGAGUACCGGAUACGCUCGGCUGAUGACGGCAAGCUCUUUAGAGAAGAGUUCAAUUCGCUGCCGUGUUACUACCACCAUGGGUCCUUUGAGGAGGCCAGCCGGGAGCACAACCGCGAGAAAAACAGAUAUCCAAACAUUUUACCAUAUGACCAUUCCAGAGUGGUGUUGAGCCAUAUAGACGGGCACCCAUGUUCAGACUACAUCAAUGCGUCGUAUAUAGAUGGAUUCAAAGAGAAGAACAAAUUCAUCGCGGCUCAAGGCCCGAAGCUAGAGACUCUGGCCGACUUUUGGCGAAUGAUCUGGGAACAGAAAACCGCCACUAUCGUCAUGCUCACCAAUCUGAAAGAAAGAAAAGAGGAAAAGUGUUACCAGUACUGGCCAGACAAAGGCUGCUGGAUGUACGGGAACAUUCGCGUUGCCAUGGACGACGUGACUGUACUGGUGGACUACACCAUUAGAAAAUUCUGUGUUCAAUAUCAGGGCAGUGAUGGUCUGCGUGCUCCCAGACUGGUCACCCAGCUCCACUUCACCAGCUGGCCAGACUUCGGGGUGCCGUUCACGCCCAUCGGCAUGUUGAAAUUUCUCAAGAAGGUCAAGAGCAUCAAUCCAUCCUACGCCGGGCCCAUUGUGGUGCACUGCAGCGCUGGCGUGGGGAGAACUGGGACAUUCAUCGUCAUUGACAGCAUGAUGGACAUGAUGCACAUGGAACAGAGACUGGACGUGUUUGGCUUUGUGAGCAGGAUCCGGGAGCAGCGCUGUCAGCUCAUCCAAACAGAUAUGCAGUACUCCUUCAUCUACCAGGCUCUGCUGGAGUACUACCUGUACGGAGACACAGAGCUGGAUGUGUGCUCUCUGGAGGGCCAUCUACACCGCCUUCACAACACCAGGGCUCCACACGACAGACUGGGCCUAGAGGAGGAGUUCAGGAAGCUGACCAAUGUCCGCAUAAUGAAGGAGAACAUGAGAACGGGCAACCUUCCUGCCAACAUGAAGAAGAACCGGGUGCUUCAGAUCAUCCCGUAUGAUUUUAACCGAGUAAUCCUGUCAGUAAAAAGAGGACAAGAGUUCACCGACUACAUCAAUGCCUCCUUUAUUGAUGGCUACAGGCAGAAGGACUAUUUUAUCGCGACCCAGGGCCCCCUGUUACACACGGUGGAGGACUUCUGGAGGAUGGUGUGGGAGUGGAGGUGCCAUUCAAUCGUUAUGCUCACCGAACUCAAGGAGCGAGAGCAGGAGAAGUGUUACCAGUACUGGCCAUCAGAGGGCAGUAUGACAUUUGGAGAUUACACGGUGGAGCUGACUGCAGAUACACUUUGUGACACAUUCUCUCUCAAAGACUUGGUGGUCACUUAUAAAAUGGAGAAGCAGUCACAACACGUUCGACACUUCCACUUCCACGGAUGGCCUGAGAUCGGAAUACCGGCGGAGGGAAGAGGGAUGAUUGACAUUAUUGCUGCUGUGCAGAGGCAGCAGCAGCAGUCUGGAAACCAUCCCAUAAUUGUCCACUGCAGUGCCGGAGCUGGUCGGACGGGAACCUUCAUUGCCCUCAGUAACAUUCUGGAGAGAGUCAAAGCUGAAGGACUCCUCGAUGUGUUUCAGACCGUUAAAAGUUUACGCAUGCAAAGGCCACACAUGGUUCAGACUGUGGAGCAGUAUGACUACUGCUACAGGGUGGUGCAGGAUUUUGUUGACAUUUUCUCAGACUACGCCAAUUUCAAGUAAUAUGUGCUCCCACUGUUCAUAAUACCUUUUUUAACUUAUGCAAUUUUUCUGAAUGUUAUUUUCUAAAGCAAGCUCUUUUUAAACUCGCCAUCAUCAACAUGUGUUGUAAUAUACAGUAAUCUAUUUUAAAUGUGCUCCUAGAAAUUGAAGUAGUACAUUGUGAUUUACUACUGCGAGGGUUUAUUUAUUGGGAUAAUAUAUUUAAACACUAAGGUUGUGUUGCAAAACGGCAGCAUUGUAAUGGAUAUCCAUUUAAUGUAAUAACUUUAUCUAUGUAUACAUUAUAUUGUAUUAUGGUUUCAUUUUGUUUAAAUGAACACAUGUGUAUAUUAUCUGUAUUAUUUAUUUGAACAACCACAAUGCCUUGCUCUAUGUUACAUUUGCCCUCAUAAACAGGAAUCCUAUGAAAGACACUAUUCCAUUAGACACACUGCAAAUGACCUCACUUCUGUCUGUGAAUAACUUAACAGCAGCUGCCUGUUGCAAUUUCAUUCAACUUCACCAAGUUUCCUUUUGCCGUUGGCAAUAUGACUUACCAGUUUGUGCCUGAUGCUGCAAACUGAAAACAGACAAAUGAAACAGGCUACAUUAUUCUUCUAUGAACCCAGAAGCAUCAGACAAACCUGAAAGGUUUUACACUAACUUUUGUACACAUUAUUUUACACUCCUGUCUGUGAAUGCAGUGCCAUAUGGAUUAGAAUUACAGUUCUAAUCUUGUGAAUUUGUCACCAAGUGACACAUUUUAUUUCUUUACUCCAAUGUUUCUGUUUAUUUUGUUUUUGUGAAAAUAGUAAAAACUAGCAAAUGUGCUUUACAAUUACACUUUUAUUUAUGCAUUGCAUCUUUUGCAUCAUUAAGGAAAAGAGGGUACAACAUUAUACAAUUAGUUUUAGCAACUGUAAACUUAGGUUAUCGGUAAAACAGGCUACUAUUAGAAAAAUAAUUUUGGAAUGAUAAAGAACAGUAGAUAUUUAGGGCUAUAAUGUGAGCCAUAUCUAAGAUAAUUCUGAGAACUUUUGAAUAUGUAGUCAAUUGUGGUAGCUUUUCUGCAUAAUAAAUAAUAUAUUUUUCCAACUGAUUUCCCACUUUUAGAGGCCUCCAGCAUCUUAUGACAAUAGAAUGUUCAUCAGAAAAAAUACAAUAGCUGACAUGUAUGUGAAAUUUAAUCUUGUGUUAAUGUUCACUUAAGUAACUAUUAAAAACUGAAAAUAAGUUUUAUAAAAUGUAUGUGAACCUCUGAGCUGAUGGUUGACAGAUCUCAUUCUCAAAUCACCCUGUUUGAAAUCUACUUGCCCUUUGACUGUAUAUGG